ACGAGUCUGGUUCGUGCGCCGCGAUGCCCUUCCUCGUCCCGCUGUUGGCCGCGGCGCUCGUGAGUGUGUCCGAAGUAUGCGCUGAUCCUACGCCUGAAGGACUUGGUUCUCGCGACCUCCCUUGCCCUGAAGCGGAGGACAUCCUUCCUUGCGAGUGCACGGUUCAUGGCUCCUACACCAUGAACAUGUAUUGCUCUGACGUGGACAAUGACGAACUGGCCAGGGUCUUCUCCGCGCACUUCCCUUUCACGCAGCACUGGAGGCUGGAUGUACGGUUUAGCGACAGGCUGGACGUGCUUCGGAAAGGGGAUUUGGGCGUGGUUUCCAUCGACGAUUUUAACAUUCUAUUUUCUGGGCUUACGGAGGUGCAGGAGGAAGCCCUUUCGCAGAGUUACUCGACCGUUGAGCGCAUUGGCUUAUCCUACAACCAAAUAUCGAAAUUUCCUUUUCAUGAACUUCCCCUGUUCACAUCCCUAAGGCAGUUAUACUUAUAUGACAACCAGCUUGAUCAAUUUCCCGAGCUGAAUUCUGACUCUCUUACGCUCGUCUCGCUGAGUUUCAACCUCAUGAGUGAUGUCCCAGUUGACGGCUUCAAAGGUGUUCCGAAUUUAGAAGUAUUCGCUUUUGAAGGAAAUAAUUUGCAACAGAUUACGCCAGGAACCUUUGCCGGCCUCCCGCACCUGGAGAGAGUCUAUAUCCCGAGGAACAAGCUGAGCCGUAUCCAAGAAGGGGCUCUCGCGGUUGCCAGUGACUUCUUUCGGGAACUUGUUUUAUCCGGAAAUGACAUCAGCAUUAUUGAACCUAACGCCAUAACAGGUGACUAAGUGUUUUUUCCUUAGC